AUAUAUAGUCACGAGAUUUUGGUACUAAAUCAUUCAUUUCGAGAAGCUUUUCCAUUGAGAGGAGCAGACGUAAUGAAAUUUCUACCAGCAUUAAUUGUCGCCUGUGUGAUACUAGCCCCUCUGACAUGGGCUAAAUAUACUUCCGACCUAGAGGACCUGGACCUGGAGGAUGUCGAAUAUUCACCAGGCAGCAAGCUUUUAAGCAGAGUUCGCCGGCAAGGUUCCAGCAGUGACUCAUCCAGUGAUUCAUCCUCUGCUUCGUCGAGCGAUUCAUCUUCAGCCUCAAGCUCAGAUUCAUCAAGUGAUUCAAGCUCAGCUUCAUCAAGCGAUUCAAGUUCGGAUUCAUCGAGCGCUUCAAGCUCCGAUUCAUCAAGUGAUUCAUCCUCAGCCUCAAGCUCAGACUCAUCAAGCGACUCGUCCUCUGAUUCAAGCUCAGACUCAUCAAGUGAUUCAACCUCAGAUUCGUCAAGUGAUUCAAGUUCUUCAGAUUCAUCAAGCGCCUCUAGCUCAGAUUCAUCGACUGAUUCAAGUUCGGAUUCAUCAAGCGAUUCGAGCGCAGCUUCAUCAAGCGAUUCAUCCACAGAAUCCUCGGGUGAUUCAGGAUCCAGUAGUACCAGUGGGUCUGGUUCAACCGGAACCACUACUAAGAAAAAGCGGCGAAAAUUCAGAUUCAAGCAUAUACGUUUCCGCAAAAUACGCUUCCCAAGACGUAGGAAACAUCGACGUGGAGGUUCUCGUAACAAGAAGCGAAGGCACCGACCUAUCCGAAGAAGGGUGGUGCGACGUCGCGGGGGAAGACGUCGAAGUGGUGGAAGACGAGGUGGUGGUGGAAGGCAUGUAGUUUUCAGACCAUCGACAGGAGGGUCACGAAGGAGGAUGCUGGUGAGAAAUCUGCAUGGUAGAUCAGCUCGCAGGAGGCUGCUCAGGCGAAGGAUUUAAGAGGACAAAGUUAUUGGUAAGAAGAGAGGUCUGUAGAUUAGACCACUGAAGUCACUUUUGAAUUAUGAUGAACAUGCACAUGUCAUCGAAAUAAAAUUUUAGCAGCAACAAA